ACACACUCCAGCAUUUAACCUGGACCAGCAGCCUGGCGGGCUGCCCCCUACAGGUGGAUGAAUGAAGACCCCAUUCAAGAGCCCAGCGCCCCCCCGGCCCCGAGCAGAGGGCGGUCAUCCAGGUGUGUCUGCAAACAUGAUGAAGAAAAAGAACUCGCACAAGAAGCAGAGGACCAGUGUUGGUCCCAGUAAAACUCUGUCUCCGCCCAGGAGGAACAUCGUGGGCUGCAGGAUCCAGCACAUCUGGAAGGAGGGAAGUAAGUCGUCUCAGUGGAAGGGGACGGUGCUGGACCAGGUCCCGGUGAACCCCUCCCUCUACCUGAUCAAAUACGACGGCUUCGACUGCAUCUACGGCCUGGAGCUGUACAGUGACGAGCGGGUGGUGGGGCUGGAGGUGCUGCCCGACCGAGUGGCUCCGGCCCGUGUGAGCGACUCGCUGCUGGCCGAGACCAUGAUCGGGAAAGCGGUGGAGCACAUGUUUGAGACGGAGGACGGGCCGAAGGAGGAGUGGCGGGGGAUGGUUCUGGCCCGGGCGCCCAUCAUGACCACCUGGUUCUACAUCACGUACGAGAAGGACCCGGUUCUCUACAUGUACCAGCUGCUGGACGACUACAAGGAGGGAGACCUCCGCAUCAUGCCCGACUCCAACGACAGCGUGGCGGCGGAGCGGGAGCCCGGCGAGGUGGUCGACAGCCUGGUGGGCAAACAGGUGGAGUACGCCAAAGAGGACGGCGGGAAGCGCUCGGGGAUGGUCAUCCACCAGGUGGAGGCCAAACCCUCCGUCUACUUCAUCAAGUUCGAUGACGACUUCCACAUCUACGUCUACGACCUGGUCAAGACGUCCUAAGACCAGGAGACCUGGUCCAGAACGUCCCUCAAAGACUUAACGCGUGCUGAUCCACCCCACCAUUAACCCCCAGCCCCCCCGCCCAGUGAAG